AGUCGCUUCAGUCAUUCCUUUGUUUCGCUCGAGUUAAGUGUGUUCCUAAGCUCCUUUCUUGAGACCAAGUCUGUACCAGCACUGGAUAGAACCUACUUGCUGCAUCUCUUCUCACACACACAUUCUCGGCCAGAAGAAGACAAGACGACGACGACGUUCGCCUUGCUUCCAGCGCUUCAGAUAAAGCAAGGGUUCAAGAACUUCUCCCGGAGUUGUCCGUUGCACUUUUACAAACCGGAAGUACGCGUGAAGUCGUGUGAUUAGUCCUCGGGACGUUUAUUGCCGCGAUACUACCAGUAGUGAUUCGAAUUGUGUCGUUACCGAGUGUCCGCGCGAGUGUUUAAUUCGGCUAUCUUGACCGCCCACCGCAGAAAGCUCUUUGGAUUAACGCGUGAGCCAACCCGGCAAAGUAGCUAACAGCCAAGAAAGAAACCGGGAAACCAAGGCAAAAGCAAACCGGUGCGUGGCAGGAAGCCAGCAAUCUUUUCCGAACGAAGUUUCAUACCAAGGCCUCAAAAUUCCAUCCGCCGAGAUGUCCGAAGCUUGCGAAGUCGAGCAAAUCAUCGAGAGCAAGCCAAGAAAGAUGGCCCUGCCCACAUCGCUCGAUCGGGACGCCAUCCGGGAAGCGUACGAGGACAUCCGUUCCAACCUGACCGACAACGAGUGGGCCGUGUUCAAAUUCGACGGGCUCAAGAUCGUGUGCUCCCAGAAGGGCAUCGGCUUCGACGAGUUCGGCAGCCAGUUCGCGGACAACGAGCGGGCCUUCGGCUACAUCCGGAUACAGACCGGCGACGAGAUGUCCAAGCGCAGCAAGUUCCUGUUCCUCACCUGGAUCGGCCCCGAGGUCGGGGUGAUGCAGCGAGCCAAAAUGUCCACCGACAAGUCGAUCAUUAAGGAUGUGAUCAACAACUUUGCCGUGGAGCUACAGGUGGAAAACAGUGCGGACUUGGACCUGGAGAUCUUCAAGGAACACCUAAACAAGGCCGCCGGAGCCAACUACGGAACGGGAGUACGUGAGCUGUAAAAAAAGCAAGCAAAAACACACAAUCAAAUCAUCAUCACACCAUAGGAACGUCUUUUUUGUCAUCUCAAUUCAAAAUUCUUCAACUUUAUCAGAAGUUGCUCUGAGAGAUCACUCUCAGAUCGUUCUUUAUAAUUUCCCGUCGUUCGGUUGUAAUGCUAUAAAGUUUGCUUCCUUAUAGAACUUCUAGGAAUAGUUUGCUUCUAUUUAUAUGUGAUUUAUAGUUUUCCUUACGUUUUUUUUUUCGUUUCAUUUCACGCGUUGUAACCAAUUAUGUAUUUAUCGAAAUUGUGAUUUUGAAAGGUACUUUCAAAGCAAACAAACUAGAAGACAGUCACAAAUCUCUCGGACAUUUGCGAUUGUGUAUAAAUUUAUCGAAAAUUAAAAAAAAAUCGUGAACACACAUUACGCGCAACCGCAAUCAUAUAAUAAUCGAUUAAUGAAAGCCUGCAUAAGAAAUGAUUGAAGUAGAACAACAAAUCUGCAAUAUUAUCUUAAUAAUUGGAUUAGUCGUUAAGUAAUCGUUAGGCCUCGAGACGAUGUAACUCCUCAAGACAGAGUGAAAGAGCGCAUUAAAGCAAAUAAAGAGAAGAAGAAAAAACUAUAAUACAACGAGAAAGGACUCUUUCCAAUGUCACGUCGGUGCAAAUCGAGCGGAGAAUCUUAUACCAUCAGAAACAAGAACAACAACAACCAACAUCAGAUUUCUUUUUUGAAGUAUUUUUAUCGAAUGUAUAAAAUAGAAACACAGACAACUAUUAUCGUCGUAGUUUAGACGGAAAAUAAAGUUAUAGCAGUAUA